AUGCCUGCAUGGAGUCCAAGAAGUAGCCCAAGCUUACCCCUCUCAGAGGAGCAGCUGAGGGGUCUGCUGAAGAGAUACGACAGCAACGGAGAUGGCCGGCUAAGCAAGAAUGAACUGAAGACAGCCUUCCUUUGCUUAGGCCUUGGCUUCAGUAGUUGGAGGGCUGGAAGAGCCCUCCGCCAUGCAGACGCCAAUGGAGAUGGAUUCAUCAGCGAUGAAGAGAUAAAUGAACUCGUCAGAUACGCCACCACCAGAUGGGGUUCAAUGACUUCAAAGGACGCUUCUGUUCCUAAAAGCAUAGACAAAUCAUGCCCAAGGGCUCCUUGGCAGCCUGUGAGCACAGAUAUAAAGCGUGUAGGAGUGGUUGUAACUGAGGAUCAGGUGAGGGGUAUCUUUAAUCGCUUUGAUGCUAACAAAGAUGGCCGUCUUAGCAAGCAAGAGCUGAAGGACGCCUUUGCCAGUCUGGGUUCGCGUAUGCCUGGCUUUCGAGCAUGGCUAGCGCUACAGCAUGCGGACGCCAACGGAGAUGGGUACAUCAGCGAGGACGAGUUUGAGAAGCUUGUUAAAUAUACUUUGAAACGUGGUUACAUUUUCAAAUAG